AUGGGGCCAUUCCCAAAUUCUAAUGGUUUUCUCUAUAUUCUACUUGCCGUUGAUUAUGUGUCCAAAUGGGUGGAAGCGAUACCCACCCGGACGGUCAAUGCUAAUGUAGUCCUUUCUUUUGUGAGGAAUAACAUAAUUUGUCACUUUGGGUCGCCACAGGCAAUCGUGAGUGACCAAGAAAGGAUUGUGAAGCCUAAUAGAAAAGAUUGGAGUGCUAAGCUUACCGACGCACUAUGGGCAUACCGAACGGCGUACAAGACACCUAUUGGCAUGAGCCCCUUUCGGUUGGUAUAUGGCAAAGCUUGCCACUUACCGGUGGAGGUAGAGCAUAGAGCAUAUUGGACUGUCAAGGAGUACAAUCCAAGUUUGGGUGGGGCCAGAAUUGAGAGAAAGCUACAAUUAGUGGAAUUAGAGUGUUUGAGAUUAGAAGCCUAUGAGAACUCUAGACAUUACAAGGAAAGGAUGAAAGCCAUGCAUGACAAGAACAUAAAAAGAAUACAGUUUAGAGCCGGCAAACUAGUCCUUCUCUUCAAUUCAAGAUUAAGUUUAUUGCCCGGAAAGCUACGGUCAAGAUGGGAAGAGCCUUAUCGGGUAGAGAAGGCAGAACCGUACGGAGUCUAUCACUUGCGCCAUCCUUCGAGUCCGGAUAUCUUCAAAGUUAAUGGGCACCGUCUUAAGUUUUAUCAUGGUGAGAACAUGAAGACCAACAAGGAGAUUGAGGUAUUCUUUUUGGAAGAUGCACCUCUUGGCAAAGAGAAUUGA